GGGCUUCGUGCAUCUGGAGAGGUUGCGGUGGGGAUUACGUUAGACAGGAUUGUUUCUCUUCUGGUGCUGUGCCCUGUAUUCGGGGAGGCUUUAGGAUCGCAGCCCCCGCUAGUGACAGGCUCUUCCCGCAGAGCAGUCCUUGGCGUUUCUAGCCCGGUAAAAUUGUGUCCCGGUACGGUGGCCGAGGAGGUUUGAGCGCGCCGGAAGUGUUCCCCGGCGCUCGCGCCUAGCCGGGCCGGAGACGCACGUGGCGCGGCCGGAGAGAACAUGUCUUUCCGAGGCGGAGGCCGCGGAGGCUUUAAUCGCGGUGGUGGAGGCGGCGGCUUCAACCGUGGCGGGGGUAGCAACAACCACUUCCGAGGCGGCGGCGGUGGCGGCAAUUUCAGGGGCGGCGGCCGAGGAGGAUUUGGACGAGGGGGCGGUCGUGGAGGCUUUAAUAAAUUCCAAGAUCAAGGACCCCCAGAACGUGUCGUCUUAUUAGGAGAGUUCAUGCAUCCCUGUGAAGAUGACAUCGUGUGUAAAUGCACCACAGAGGAGAACAAGGUGCCUUACUUCAACGCUCCUGUUUAUUUAGAAAACAAAGAACAGAUCGGGAAAGUGGAUGAGAUAUUUGGACAACUUAGAGAUUUUUAUUUUUCAGUUAAAUUGUCAGAAAACAUGAAGGCAUCUUCCUUUAAAAAGCUACAGAAGUUUUAUAUAGAUCCCUUUAAGCUGCUGCCGCUACAGAGGUUUUUGCCUCGUCCUCCUGGUGAGAAAGGACCUCCCAGAGGCGGCGGUGGUGGUGGCAGGGGAGGUCGAGGAGGAGGAAGAGGAGGUGGUGGCCGAGGUGGUGGAAGAGGUGGUGGCUUCAGAGGUGGAAGAGGUGGAGGUGGGGGCUUCAGAGGAGGAAGAGGAGGUGGUGGAUUCCGAGGAAGAGGACAUUAGAUGUGGCAGUUGACAGACCACCACUUCCGUUUUCACCGAGGGACCUGCUGCUGCUGUGACUGAAGUCUCUGGAGCACCCUUGAGGCUGCGCUGUGUCAGUGGAGUAAAUCGUCAGCAUUGGGGAGAAACGAGGGGCAGACAGACAGUCGGUUUGGCCCUGAAAGAGCGUGAAGAACCCGCCUUGUACAGUGCCUGGCACUCUGCGUGCCUAAAGAACAAUGGGACUUUUUAUUUGGAGCAUAUUUGGAUUUUUUAAAUAAAAUUUUUUAUUUCUUUAA